GGAACGCGGAAGUGUCGUAAGUUUGCCGAAACAGAAAUUGACCACCUGAACUGAACAUUACCAGUACGAACAGAUAAAAGACAUAAAAGCAGUUACCAACAUGUCAGACACCAAGUCAGUCAAACCAUCUGAAGUAAGGACGAAUCUCAAGCGAAAAAGCGGCGAUGUACCACCAGUCCCCGAGAAGAGAAAACGUGAAAACAAAACCAGAGACACUCUCACUAAGAGCGAUCUUUCAAAAUCGCACCAACACAUCAAGGGGAAAGACAAGUUCGAGUUUUUCUACGGCAAUACGUCGCCCUUUAGUCAACACCACCCAGCCACAUUCACGAUAGAUGGCGUAACAUUCAACUGUGCUGAACAAUACAUGAUGUAUCAGAAGGCUGUGUUAUUUAAGGACAAGGAGUUUAAAAAGAAAAUCAUGGCAACCAAAAAUCCACAGGAACAGAAGCGCUUUGGUCGGAAAGUCCGGAAUUUCGAUAAGACAGUAUGGGAAAAAAAAUGUAUACAGAUUGUUGAACGUGCUAACACGGCCAAGUUCUCACAGAAUGAGGACUUGAAGAAGCAACUGUUGGCCACAUCGCCCAAAGUGAUGGUUGAGUGUAGCCCCAGGGAUCGCUUGUGGGGUAUUGGGCUUGGGAGGAAUAACCCCAAAGCUUGGGACACCAAGACGUGGCGGGGGAAGAACCUGCUGGGGCACGCCUUGACUGCAGUCAGGGACAGACUGGAGAAGCAGCAGGAUGAGCAAGAAGAAGAAGAUGGGAAGGGCAAGGGUACAGAUGAUGAUGAAGGGCCGCAGGUCGCAGAGAAAAAUGUGGACAGAGAGAAAGGAAAGAUGGAUUGAGGACGGAGAUUUAAAGGGAAUGAUGUAGCGAGAGAUUGUGUUUAUGUGUGGAGGGGAACGGGGGGGGGGGGGGGGAGUGAAUGUUGUUUGACAACGCCAUCAAUAUUGGACCUACAUCAAUAAAUCGAGUCUGGGCUAUGUGUACCUUGGGGUGUUUGACAGCAUGAGCAACGAUCUCCGCGUCGGGUUCGUUUGCUUAGCAUUAUACUAUUUUUGUGUUUUGUUGUGAUCUUACAUUUGUUUGGUUUGUUCAUACUUACCAUUAAAUGGUAGAUUUGGCA